AUGGAGGUUAGACCUAGCCGGGGCCAUAAGACAUGUCAGAUAAGAAACGAGGCCCAGGCUAGGUCUAAUGUUGUUGGACUAAGAUGUAAGCGAGAAGAUAUGAUCGAGACCUACAAACUCAUGAAAGGACUAUAUAAUAUCCCAGUAGAUAAUUGGGAUUUAGCAGAAGCAAAGUCCUUCUUCGAGCAGAAUUAUGCACACAUUUAUUACAUCUUUUACGACGUGUUCAUUUCUGUAGAGGGGGACUUGAGGCAAAGAGCUAACAAGGCACAUAAGGAAGAAUUUGACAAUGUGCUGUUUAUCUUUGAGAAAAUCUUGUUGCUCCUGCCUGAGUUGAUCCACAAAAGAUGGCAGUACCAUAGUAUGGGCCGUCUGCUGAAGAAGCUGUUACAUCCUGCCAACACACUUAAAAUCCGUAGAGAAGGGAUGCGACUAUUCAUCAUCUGGUAUAUGAUUAUGCAAGAAAACGCCACUGAGGAAUGUCACAUGACCUACGCAAGCCUGGUGCCGAUGGUUGGAUCCACUAACAUGCCACUGGACCAAGAUAUGUACAUGGUCCGGGUUGCAGCUGCCCCAUUUGCUGGACCCGAAGGUAGUAGUAAAAAAGGUGCCUAUUUAGCAGCAGUUAAUCCAGUAGAAAUUUGUCCAGUAAUACCAAUGCAGCCAAACGAAAAGUUGCCAGAAAAUCUCACAAAAUAUUUCCUGGAAAGCCUCAUGACAUUCAUGGUAUCUGAGGUCACAAAGAUAGAGUGGAGCAAUAGAGAGAUGCAAGAGUUCAGUUUCAACUUUGUCUUCAACCGAUUCAAGAAAUACUACUUGCUACAUAUAUUCCCUGAUUUUAGUCGGCUCACCAGCAUAUAUGAUCCAAUCUUGGAUUUGCCAGAAGAGAGGCCUCCACCAAUAGGAGACAAGGUUCUACAGUCGUGCCAAGAAGUUGUGGUCAGAUGGGUUGCCAUAUUUACACAUCACACGAAGAAACCCCCAGAACAGCCACCUGCAAAUACCCCUGUUCCUGAUGGUGAAAGUGGUGACCAGGCCUCGCCUACAGGGAGCAGGCAUGACCCCAGUGAACAGAGACCCCCAGGCAGUAACAACUCCACACUCUCUGGAACAAGCAACCUGACAGAGAAGGACACAUGCUCUGUGUCAAGUGAAGACCAUUCAGUGUCAGAAUAUGAGAUUGUCAAAAGAUGUCUCUACUCAACCAGGGAGAAUGUGAACCUUAUACACGAAAUAUUCAGACAGGCCUUUCUGUUCCCAUUCCAACACACUGGUGCCAUGAAGAGAGUCAUAGGAGUCUACAAAGAGUGGCUUCAGACUGAUACUAAACCACUAUUUUUACAUGAGGCCCCCGAAGCCUCCCCUAGGACGUCCCCCACCCCCAAGAUGUCCCCCAGAGAUUCUGUGGACUCCUCUUCCCCUGUUGAAAUGCCAAAUAGUUUGCCAUUGUCUAAUAUUACUGAAGAAAAUGCAUCUAUUAGUUCAGCAACUGCCACUCCUGAUACACCUGAUAAAGAUAAAGCUUGGAUGAGCACUGACCCCAGUGAUGGAAUGAGACCUGGUUUGCGAAAUGAUUCUUACCUCGGUGCUAUUACAGACAUAUCAGACAGUGAGGUUGAACAGAAUGUCAAGGCUGGAAUGCAGAGGUUUAUACAGCUGUUUGUCACUCAUACAUCUAAUGUGUUUCUUCUACAAUCUGAGUCCAAACUCAUUGAUGAGCAGGUUGAUAUGUGUAAGCGAGUUUUAAAUAUUUAUCGCUUCAUGGUAAUGCAUCACCACAUGACCCCUAAAACCUGGGAGCAGUUAUUGCUCAUCUUGCUGAAAAUCACAUCAGGGGUGCUCCAGGCUACGCCAUCUACUGGCAAGGAGAGAACACUAGGAGGCCAACUCGCUCAACCAAUUUUCCAAACAUUGAUUGUUACAUGGAUCAAGGCAAACCUGAAUGUACUGAUAUCUAGUGAGUUGUGGGACCAGUUCCUUGUGGUUUUGUCAUCACUCACACAGUGGGAGGAGCUGAUCAGAGAGUGGGCAAAAACUAUGGAUACACUGACCAGAGUGCUAGCGAGGCAGGUGUACAACUUAGACCUACAAGACCUGCCACUGGACAGACUCACUGAACAGAAAAAGAAGAAAAAGAGGGGAGGAGAAAAUAGAGCUGCUGCUAAAAACAGUGUUGAUCGUACAUUCUCACGUGGAUGGAGUCAAAAUGAGAAAUCAACGAAUGAUAGCAAUGCUGAAAGCAAAAAGCUCCAGUCGCAUUCUGAAACUCCAAGCUCUCCAAGUGCAUCAUCAUCAACAACAGAGGUCAGCAGUAGGUUCCUCUCUGAGAAUCCUGAUCUGGAUGCUUCUUUCAAUAUCAUGUCAAAAUCCCGAGUGAAACGAGAACGUUCAAUAAGUGGUUCUGAACAGCAGAAAACUGAUGCUACAGAGGCGGAGAUGAUGGAGCCGUUACUACGCAGUAAUAGUGAUAGUAACCUAUCAACAGCACAAGAUGGUCGUACCCACAAUCCUUAUGCUAGUCCAGGGAACAGCUUCAAUAGUAGCAUGUCUAGCCAGCGUAGUAGGAAGUCUACAUGUAGCAGUGUUGUGUCAGAUUCUCAGGGAGAUUCUGCAUGUGAGGAAGUAGAUGGGGACACCAGUUCUGCCCAAGUCAGCCCUGAUACUGUUCACACCAGCGAGAGUGAUACCCCAAGCCUAAAUGCCAGUGUCAUCCCAGGCUUUACUGAUGCUACCAGUAUCAACAGUGAUGCAGGGAGUGUGAAGUAUGAUGUCCUCACUGACCAGAGCACAGAUAGCAUUAGUUUGGAUAAGUCUGAACUUGAUGCUAUAUUGAGAGGGUCACGUGAGCCAUCUAUAGUAUCCCAUGAUUCCAAACCAAGUUCUCGCAGCCAAUCACCAAUCAGCGAUAUUGUGAUGCAAGGUCUGACUAGUGGGGCUGAUAAGAACUCUAUUACUCCAGACCGGGAGAGUAUACAUAUAGAUGUCGCUGAGGAAAACCAUUUAGAAAAAACAUUGCAAUCUGAUAUGGAUGAUGCUUACCGGAGUGUCCUUGCGGGUGGAUCAGUGCAAGGUUGGACACCAGAUGUCUCUGUAGUUCUAUGGCGACGUAUGCUAGGAAUUCUGGGUGAUAUCAAUCACAUAGAAGACCCCAAUAUACAUACUCGUGUUUAUGAGUAUUUAUGUGAAUUGAUGACGACCAUGUUAAAGAUGAGAACCAAUCAGAGUGUGACAUCAGAUGGCAUGAUGUCACCCCCUCCCCCAGAAUUGAUCCCACCUCUACAGAUUGUCACACCUUGGCUAUUUGAGGCUUUAAAUCUACCCCAAACUUACAAGAAGGGUAAACUUUUAGCUUACAGACUGCUGUGUGAGUUAACUAUACGUCGCCAUGACAGCAUACUGGGGAUGGAUCACCUGUCACAAUUCUACAGGGUGCUACACUACAGUCUGGUUGACUCUGAUCAGGAUGUUAUAAAUGAGUUGGUGCAGGGAUGUGGACUGAAGUUUUUCUCCACACCCCUUGAUGGUAACACUAUGCUUAUGUUAGACUUCAUACAUGCCGCAAGCACAGUGGUUGCUAGCACCAAUGUUAAAGAGACACCAAGAGCUGAGGCUAUAUCUCUGCUUGGUUCACUACUGUGUUUUCCUAAUCAAUUUGGAGAGAUGCCUGUAUUAAAACCCAAAUCUGUUGAUAUAACACACCUCACAGCAAGUGACUCAAAGGAUCAUAUUAUAACAAUGCUAUUGAAGGCAGGAAAGAAGGAACCAGCUGGUCUGGCCAGAUGUAUUGCCAUCAGUAGUCUUGGUGUAUUCUUAUAUGAGGAGCUAACACAUAGAACAAUGCACUGCAGAUUGAAAGAAGCCAUUAAUGUUUUAUUAGUCACUCUUAGGUUCAAUCAGAAGAAUGUUGCUCAGGUAGCAGCAGACAUGUUAUUAUUGCUAUGUGACCAUGUAGAUGCCCUACUCAACCAUCAGCCAGACUUGCCAAAGAGAAUUAUUGAGGUCACAGCAUCCACUAUAUCAUCCCUUCUACCAGGACUAGAGCACAGUCAUGAGGAUGAUAAGACACUCAUGGUGUCUAUGAUAUUCUGUUUGCUUGAGUGGACCAUGAGGGUCCCUAUAGAGAUGCUACUAGGUCUCACAGAGUCAAAUACAACUCUUAUAUAUAAAGUUUUUCGGGUGCUAAAUCUUGCAGUAAAUGGAGUCAGUCCACAUGGAAUGUCAUCAAAAGCCAGCGUGGCCUCAUUCUCAGAACUUAUUCAAGAUGAUGAAUUUGAUUCAUUACGUGAUGGAACAAUGACGCCAAACACGCCAAAAACUCCCAACGACCAUAUUGAUAUUAUUAAAGGCCAUAGAAGGGCUGGUUCAGAUAUUCCAAAAAUUACUGAAAACAAUAUUGUAAAACUAGCUGCUAGGACUGCGCUGUCGCAUUUAGUUAACCACUUGGGACAUUUUCCAAUGGGGAGUGGUGCUGGUAGAUUGAACAGCGAAGUUCAGGAACAGCAUGACUCGGCAGCUAAACAAAUGGAAGAUCUCAAUACUGAGAUAUUUAGUCAAAAUAAUGUGCAGUUCUUUGUACUGAACAAUUCAACUCUAGUCUCGUUUGUUGAGGUUCCUGCUAUGGAUAUGCCAGGAGGUGGGGUUACUGCAGGGUUAACAACUGCCAAAACAGUUACAAGGGCAAUCAUUAGGGAUAGUUGUGGUAAAUUCUGCUGGGACAGCUCUAUACUCUAUGGACCCCCUAGGUGCAGAGCAGGGUCAUUCCCAGAAGAGCCACAGCCAAGAUUUCAUGUUGGGGAUCGUAAAAGUCUAACAGAGGAGGUGCUAGGGGAGUUCCAGGCAAAGUAUGACAGACAUAUCACAGUGGUACGCAAUCCCACUGAACUACCAGACUACAGCACUACUCAGGACCACCACGAUAACCUCAAUGAUCUGCUGCAAUACAUUGGACACACAAGCCCUGAAUGUCUGCUACACCCUGGGGAGCCCCUCAACAUCCCACCUGCAGCCCCCAGCUCCCUGAACUGUCACCUUGAGAGCAAGAUGGUGUCCACUGUACUCACUCAGAGAGAUGAGGAGAUGGACUAUUUCAUGAAACACAAAGCUGACAAUAGCAUGGUUGCCCAGCCUCUCACGCCAUCUAUUAGUAAAGAUGAGAACUCUCCAUUUCAUCUGUGUAGGCACAUGGUCAACCAGCUAGGCCUUAUGUCUUGGGGGAAACGUGCUCAAGUUGAUCUGCUGAAGAAAAAUGAGAAAUUACUAAGAGAGUUGAAGCACUUGGAUUCACAACGGUGCCGUGAGACCCACAAGAUUGCAGUGUUUUACAUAGGGCCAGGUCAGGAGGAUAAACAGAGCCUGCUCUCUAAUAAAGGAGGUAGUAAACAGUACGAGGACUUCCUGGCUGGUCUAGGAUGGGAGGUUGACCUAGAAACUCACUGUGGGUUCCUAGGUGGGCUUCAGCGUAACAAAUCCACAGGCACCAGUGCCCCCUAUUAUGCCACAUCAACACUAGAGGUGAUAUUCCAUGUGUCGACAAGGAUGCCUUCCGACACUGAGGAUGAGAGACACAGAAAGUUGCGCCACUUGGGCAAUGAUGAGGUUCACAUAAUAUGGUCAGAGCAUACAAGAGACUACAGACGUGGUAUUAUACCUACUGAGUUUGGUGAUGUCAUCAUUGUAAUCAGCCCUCUGCACAAUGGCCUUUACAGGAUACACAUAGACAGGAAACCAGAGGUGCCAUACUUUGGUCCAUUGUUUGAUGGUGCUAUUGUUGACCAUGCUAUCCUACCAGGCCUGGUCAGGGCUACAGCUAUCAAUGCAAGCAGAACUAAACGUGCCACUAUGCCCUACUAUAUGGCAUUCUAUGAGGAGAGGACCAAGUACUUAGAGACUCUUAUACAACAACAUAAACAAGCCACUAUGUUUGAGGAGUUUGCUGGUCAUGUCUUUGCACCAGUCUUAGCACCAGGUUCUGACAUCACUGGUAUGGACUUCAGUUUACCAUCUCCCACUUCCUCUACACAUACACCAGAGCUGAAUGGCAAGCCACUCACCAGUGCUAAACACUCCAAAGGCAAAAUAUAGCUGUAUAGGGGGCGCUUUUGUAGUGCCUUCUCCCAACAUCUCAGAUCCAGGAGUACCAUACGAGUCUGUUACAAGGAGAUUCUCAUUGAAGUCGAAAUCAUCUAUAGCUAAGCCGCGCAAGACCUCAACACAGUCAUUGAGUAGUUACCCAUCACCACCUAACAGUCCAGAUGAUAUUUUCCGGAGAUGAUCCAAUUCAUACCGUAAUGAUGACUUCUCCGUGUGAUCCAACCGAGAUCUUCCAUAAUGAUCAACAACUAUGUUUAAGAUGCCUAGUGUGUAUGGUUCUUCAUCAUCUCUGAACGUAUGAAUUCAAAUUGUUCGUUUGCAUUCUUCGUAACAGGAACAGGUCUAAUAUUGGAAUGUUGGAUUUAUCGUUUUGAAUUAUCAUCCAUAUCAUCAAGUAUCAAGCAGAAUACAUAUGUAAACUCAAAGAUGCAGAACAACGAAUAUUGCCAUUUUCCAUUCCCAUUGGCUUUAUAUAUAGUUAAACAGCCAUUUGUGCUAUAUAUACCUUGUACAAAGCUAUAUUGGUUGGAUAUAAAUGGUUAAUGAAAUUAUACCAGUUAAGAAAUGUAAAGUUUUGUAAUGUAAUUACCCAACUUGUAUAGCUUUUGUUAUGUAAAGUAUGUAUAUAUGUAUAUACUGGGAGAUGCAAUAUAAUAUAAGUGUAAUAUGGUACUUUUUUCAUGUAGAACAUAUUAUUAAAGCCAGCAAGUUGCAAAAUGACUGAAGGUCUGAUGGAAUAUUAGUCAUAUUAAAAUACAUAUAAAUUGAUUUUAUUGUGAGUUCAACAUUUGAUUAUUGCCCUCUCCCUAUGUUCAAGGUUCAGUAUUGGAAUCUUCUCGCUGAGACAUACUUCUUUAUAUACCUCUUUAUUGUCAUCGUCCUGUGCAGCUUGGCAUGCAUGAGUAUUGUGAGUCUGGGUAGGGGGUGCCACAUUAAUCUUGUCAUGAAAAUUUCAGGAAAAUCGCUUAAUCCAUUCAACUUGAACUUUUUCUAUAUUGAAGAGCAGACUAGUGCCAAGAUCUGAUUAGGUUUUGGGCA